UGUUCCCAUCAUUGGUUGUGGUGAUAUGAUGUCGAGUCCAAAACGAUUGUGUCAGCGUUUCAAACAAGAUAAUCUACAACAAGAUAAAACGGAAGAGGAGUUAGCUUAUGAUAGUAACUGGUUAGACUGCGAUAAAGCGGAAAGCUUUCAAUCAAACUGUCCGUUGGCUUCGAACAACCAGGCUCCAAGAAUGGAACAAGAAGAGGACAAGAGUGAUACUUUAGAAGACACAGGUGACCAAAGUGGAGAGCAAAUUGAUGAUUAUGAAAAUACUGAUAAGAGUGAAAGUGAGAGUAGCAGUGUGGAGAUGGCUAUUGAAGCUUUUAUAGAAGAACACAGCAACAGUCUGGAGAACUUGAGAGAAUCGUUGAUGGACAUAGGUAUAUUGGUGAGUCUCGAACAACUAGAACAGUUGCAAAGCGAAGAUAUUGCAGCUUUGAUAAGAAAUUCUAUAUAUAAAGAACCGCUGCUUACGUACCGAACUAAAAGCGAAGAUUUGAAAAAUAUUCAAGAUUUGGCUAGGAUAAUUAAACAGGCUAGCCAUAUUUUGGUUGUUAGUGGUGCAGGUAUUAGCGUUAGUUGCGGAAUUCCUGAUUUUCGUUCAGCAGGUGGCAUUUAUGAACGCAUUCAAAAGACAUUUUCGUUAUUCGAUCCUCAAGAGAUAUUCGACUUGAACGUAUUCAAAGAGAGUCCGGAAUUGUUUUAUUCUUUUGCAAAAGAGAUCAUUCCAAGAGAGUCUACUGAACCUUCCUUGUCUCAUCGUUUUAUUCGAGACCUCGAAUGUCAUCAAAAGUUGUUACGUAAUUAUGCACAAAAUAUUGAUGGCUUAGAAAGCAUUGCAGGAAUUGAUCGGGUUGUAUAUUGUCACGGCUCAUUUUCCGCUGCACAUUGUUUGCGUUGUAAUGCACAUUAUUCUUUGGAUGAUAUUCGACCUGAUAUUGUAACAGGAAGAGUUCCUUAUUGUUCUUUUUGCGGAAAUCGAGUGAACUGGGACACAAAUAUCCAUGAAUCAUCUAACAAUCCUUCUUCAGAGUACAAGUCAUGUAUAGAUAAUAACAGCAGUACGGAUGGAGAAGAUGAAGACCGGAUUACUCCGAAUAUUAUUAAGCCAGAUAUUGUAUUUUUUGGUGAAGCAUUGAGUGACCAAUUUUUUGAUUGCUUUGAAUCAGAUAGAGAAACGGCUGAUUUGCUAUUGGUGAUAGGAACUAGUUUACAAGUUGCACCAGUAUCUAAAAUACCGUUUUGUAUUUCAGCAGAGAUUCCUCAAGUAUUGAUUAAUUUGGAACCUGUAGGUCCGUCUGAUUGGUUUGACUUGGAACUGAUUGGUCCAUGUGAUGUUAUUAUCGAACGCUUGUAUCAAUUAUUAGGUUGGCAACAUGGUAUGAAUCAUGUGGGAUGUUUCAAAGAGGAACAAGUACAGCCUCGAAGAUUUGCAUUCCAAAGAGACAUAAAAUAAGGGAAUUUUUUAUUUCUCAGAGAAGAGAACAAAUGUUUUAAUUUCAA